GGAUGAUGGCUAUCGGGAGAGGAGGUUAGCCGAGCUGGUCUGCAUAGAUGCUCGCGCCGCUGGCCAACACUACGAGGAAGAGUACAUUGGACCAAGAGCCGCCAGACAUACGUUUGAUGACAUCACAUAAGGCAUAGGGCAGCACAUCAAUUCGUUUAAAACACAAUACAGUGGAUAUCCAAAGAUGGAGGGGUUUGCUGCGGACAUGCUGAGCGGUGGCCGGGCUCUGCUGGGCGAGGACAGCUCAGUGAUGGCGCGCAUGCAGAAGAAGUUCUGGAAGACCAAGCAGGUCCUCAUCAAAGCUACAGGGAAAAAGGAGGACGAGUAUGUGGUGGCUUCAGAUGCUGACCUGGACGCCAAGCUUGAGUUCUUCCGCUCCGUUCAGCUAACGUGCACAGAGCUGCUGAAGGUGAUCGAAAAGUACCAGCACCGAAUCACACGGUUGUCCCAGGAGGAGAACGAGCUCGGCCUGUUCUUGCGUUUCCAGGCUGAACGUGACCGAACUAAGGCCGGGAACAUGAUGGAGGCCACCAGCAAGGCCCUGUGCGCCUCUGCCAAGCAGAGGAUGGCGCUUUGUCCGCCGUUGCAGCGCAUGUAUCAGGAAGUGGAGACGUUCCGGCGGCGCGCCAUAGCCGACACGCUGCUGACGGUCAGCCGGAUGGAGAAGGCCCGCACGGAGUACAGGGGAGCGCUGCUCUGGAUGAAGGACGUCUCUCAGGAACUGGACCCGGACACCUACAAACAGCUGGAAAAGUUCCGCAAGGUCCAGUCGCAGGUCAGAGGGACUAAGAGCCAGUUUGAGAAGCUGAAGAAUGACGUGUGUCAGAAGGUGGACAUGCUGGGAGCAAGCCGCUGUAACAUGCUGUCUCACUCCCUCUGCACCUACCAGACCACUCUGCUGCAGUUCUGGGAGAAAACGGCCAACGCCAUGUCGGGAAUCCACGAGGCCUUCCAAGGGCACAUACCGUACCAGUUCACCACAAUCAAGCAUCUACGGGAUCCACUGGAGGAAAUCUCUGAUUCCCAAAAAGAAGAGAAGGAUGAAAAGGCCCAACAGAGCAACACAGACAGUCUGGUGUCCUUGGAUGAUGACAAGCCAGCAGAAAGUGCAUCUAUUUCAGACCUUAAGCUCAGCAGUGAUGGGCAGAGCAAGCCUGGUGAAAGUGCCAUGCACGACCUCAGAGGGCUCUCUGGAGACGCCGGUGACGACCUUAUGCUCAUGGCUUGUGGCAUGCCGCCCCCAGCGGACGUCCCCCUGGUCCCGUCUCCUCCUCAGGACGGCGACCAGAGCGAGAGUUGGAGCUUCGGACGCUUCGAGUCCAGCCUCCCACAGCUGCCCGCCUCGGGUGACAGUUUGCUCUCAGUCGGUCUACCGAUCCCAUCAGAACCAGGGCUAACGCUGGAGGAGGAAGAUGGUGAGCGGAGCGACAUGGCUUUCCUGAAGGACCUCCUCAGCCCAGGCCCAGGGGGCAGCGAUGAGUUCAGCAGAGAGUGGCAGGACGCCUUCGGUGCGUUCGACCCCCCCAGCGUUCCUGCAGCCGGCACUGGACCCGCCCGUCCUCCUUCCAACCCACCCAGCCCCACGGGCUUCCUGCCGUCACAGCUGCUGGAUCACAGUUUGAGCUCCUCAGGUUGGGUGACCCCGCCCAUGUUCCAAGCUCCACCCCUGCAGCUGCCCCCUGGUCAGAACCAGGCAGCUCCCCGCUCUCAGCCAGCUGCAGCUAACGCAGCUUCAGGAGGAUCCAAAGACAUGUCUGCGUGGUUCAACCUGUUCGCCGACCUCGACCCGCUUUCCAACCCCGACGCCAUCGGACGCUCUGCUGAUGAGCUGCUCAACGCCUGAACCUCUCGGAGCUGCUUCAAUGUACCUUCACUCUCUCUUUGAAAAAAAAAAAAAUCAGCAUUACAGCAAAUUUUCAUUCCAUCCUAAUUGAGCACAUACACACACUAAUCUCCUUAGAGGUUUGAAACACUGAGCUGAUAAACUCAGCUGCUGUAACCAACUUUAAUACCGAGUCAAACACCAAAGCUGUGGUGGUUCGUGUUUCCUGAUCAUGACUGCAGCGCCUGGACGUUAGGGGGAGUCCAGAGAUCCAGAAUAGGUUAAAAAAGAAGAAAAAAAAGACACAGAAACGUCGCUUUCUGUGGCGUUUCAGUUUUGCUGUAAACGGUUUGUGUGAAGUACCACAUGAUUGUCACAAAUAAUCUGUAGGUUGGGAUGUGAUAGGUCUGUUUUUCAGAAAUCCUGACCUCAAAAGCGACACACUAAUCCAUCAUUUGCAGGCGAAGUGAAACCAUUACACUUUCAUUGCAUUUAAACAAAAAUUUAAAGCCAAAAUGUGUAUCUAGCACUUUUUCAUUGUACACUUUCAGCUCUUUAUGUCAUAAAACCAAUAUAACAAGCUGAUGUUUGCUGGAUAGUUUCCAGAAAGCCAAAUUUGUCUUUCAUGUUCUUUAGAAUCGGAGAAAACUCCCAUCGCUUUCUGUGGCGUCUCAUUUAUGGAGCCUUAAACGACAGAAAGGAACAUUUUAGCGAUUUGGAAACUAGUUUUAAAUCAGCCCCUACCUACUUGUGUGACUGCAUCAUUUAAGCAGUUUGUUCUGCCUGCUUUGUGCAUGAGCUGCUGCCAUGUUUAUCUGUUUGCAGUAGAACUUGUCUGCACACCUUAUGCCCAAAGAAAAUAAGCAAACUAUACGACAGAACGCCAGGGCAGGUACAGAAACAUGCAAUCUAACAGCUGAAGUUAAAAUUCUUUUUCUCAAGUCAUAACUUAUUUUUUUGGUAAUAAAAUAUGGUUAAAUGACGGAUAAACAAUGAGCACAACUGGAAAAUUAUUGUGUUUUCUCUGGGGUCAUAAAAUGUCAUAUUUCAUAAGAGUGAAUGAACCCAAACUGAGAUUAGAACCAAAAUAAGUGCAAAUAAGUUGAAACUUAAAUUUUAUAGUAAAUUUGAUGUGAUAUUUGUCUAGAACAGUAGCAGAGUGGAUUGUUCAUGUGUAUGGAAUGGAAGUUGGAACGGAGAAAAUGGUCAAAAGGUGGUUAAGAGGUGAAUUGACCCAGACCCAGUUUUAGAAAUGGGUAUUCCUAACUUCCAUUUUGGUUUAGAAAGGUUCAAGAUGUCAAAUUUGGGAUUUAAAAAAGCUGAUCACUGAGCCAGAUAAAUAUUUCCGACUGCAGAUGAAAAGACCAAAUCAGAACGUCAACAUAUCUCCUGAAAGCUAACACAAGCUUGCUAACAUGACUAUGAAUCACAGUUGUAACAGUAACUGUCUAGUUCACCCUCAUUGUUAACGUCUGCUAAUUAGAUAUGGAACUGCAUAUUUUGGGGUUCUUACAAACUUCUAGGUUAAUUUUCCAGAUUUUUCCAGAGAUCUGUUCUAUUUAGCUCCUAUUAGCGCCAUAGCAAAUAUUUCUACUCUGGUCAGGCUUAGAAAAUGAAACCUGGCAGAAAAAGAUGGAUGGAUGAGUCAGAAAUGGAUGUGGCAGAUGACUUCUAGAUAUAUAUAUAUAUAUAUAUAUUUUUUCCAUACUUCCUUUAACUUUUUAACAUUAACCCAGAACUACAAAUUAACUUUGCAGGACGACUAUUAUUUGGUCACAAAGUAUUAGUCUGGCGUGCCACAUCCUCUCACAGCUAAACUGGUAAAAGCAGAGCUAACUGAGCCGUUUAAUGGGUUCUUCAUGAUGCAGCGGAUACCAAAUGCCUCGACAUCUGGUUGAGAUUUAGUCAAAUGGUCUGGAGCUAACUUUAAACUGUGAAUUCUCGGACUGAAAUUCGAGGUGUGCAAACUCUAGUGCAACAUCUACAAGCGACGUGGUUGAAAUUUCAUCUCCUGAAUCCAUCAUCACAAGUCGAAGGCCAAGAAGAUCUCUUUUGCUUUCAAAUAAUUGGUGCGACAUAAUCAUAAUAAUCAGCUCUCUGGGCACAGUGAGACACAAAACCAUAAUAACUAUGAAAUAAAACUCAAAUAUUGACUAUUUUAGCUUUGUGUGCCGUUAAACACAUAGCAUCUGUGUUUAACGGAAUCAAUUCGAAGGAACUGCUUACAGAAAAAGGGAUUCGUCUCCAUGUGUGGAGUUCUGACAACUGAAUGCUUCAGUGUGAUUUAGUGCAAAUUUGUUUCUAAAAGGGAUUUCUUAAAAUGGAAAAUAAAAAGGGUCCAAAAUGCACCAAAUCCUCAGUUGGGAUAUUUGCCUGCUGACAUUUUUAACAAGCUGCACAUUAAUAUCGCAGCUCACCUACAAGACUUAUGUUUCACUUCAUUUUACCUUCUAAUGCAAAAAAACCCCAAAAACUACUAGAAUAUUACUAUUUCUGUCACAUCAAGUGUAAGUCUUACUUUUCACACUGAAAAUAAAAGAAUGUAUUUCUCAAGUCAA